AUGGAUUCCUUCAUUCGUCAAACGGCUAAAUUAUGUCCUUUCAUAAGAAAUGCUUCUUCUUCGAUGCAGAAUGUCAGAGCACUCCAUUCCACGAAUAUUGCUAGUAUGGCUGAGAAGUGUCCAGUGAUGAGGAGAGCUAUGGCUACAAGGGAAUUUAACUCUCCAUCAGUUGCUAUAGUCGAUAGCACUAGUAUUAGGAAAGUACCCAACAUUAUUAUUGAUAAGAGUAGUCACGAGGAGGCUUAUGACUACGAAGGGCUCUUUGAUUCCGAACUACGUAAAAAGCGCAUUGACAGUUCUUACAGGUAUUUCAAUAAUAUUAAUCGUUUAGCCAGGGAAUUUCCUAUGGCUCAUCGGGAUCAAGAAGAUGAUAAAGUUACGGUAUGGUGUUCUAAUGAUUACCUGACUUUUUCAAAGAAUGAGCAGGUUAUUGAUGUUAUGAAGAAAACUUUAGAUAAGUAUGGUGCUGGAGCCGGUGGUACUAGGAAUAUAGCGGGUCAUAACAAGCAUGCAAUGAGGUUGGAGGCAGAAGUGGCAGCGUUGCAUAAAAAAGAGGGAGCUUUAGUAUUUUCAUCCUGCUUUGUAGCUAACGAUGCGGUACUGUCGUUACUAGGCCAAAAAAUAAAGAAUUUGGUUUUCUUUUCUGACGAAAUGAACCACGCUUCCAUGAUCACCGGUAUUAAGCACUCACAAGCGAAAAAGCACGUGUUCAGACAUAAUGAUUUGGAGCAUUUGGAAGAACUCUUGGCAAUGUAUCCCAAAUCUCAACCUAAGGUGAUAGCAUUUGAAUCUGUUUAUUCUAUGUCUGGGUCAGUGGCUGAGAUAAGAAAGAUUUGUGAUUUGGCAGAAAAAUAUGGUGCUAUGACCUUCUUGGAUGAAGUCCACUCUGUUGGAUUGUAUGGUCCACAUGGAGCUGGUGUUGCAGAGCAUUUAGAUUUUGAAGCUCAUCGUAGGGCGGGCAUUGCGUCGCCUUCACACACUACUGUAUUGGACCGUGUUGAUAUGAUUACUGGUACAUUAGGUAAAUCCUUCGGCACUGUGGGCGGUUAUAUUGCUGCAUCGGAAAAGUUGAUCGAUUGGGUUAGGUCGUAUGCUCCUGGGUUUAUAUUUACUACUUCUCUACCUCCUGCAGUAUUAGCUGGUGCGGCAGAAGCAAUUCGUUACCAGCGUUCUCGUUUAAACUUAAGACAGGAGCAGCAAAGAAAUACCGCUUAUGUUAAAGAGGGUUUGCAUGAACUUGACAUUCCAGUGGAACCAAAUCCAUCUCACAUUGUUCCUGUACUAGUUGGAAACCCUGAUUUAGCCAAAGAGGCUUCUGACAUUUUGAUGGACAAGCAUCGUAUUUAUGUUCAGGCCAUUAACUUUCCUACUGUUCCACGCGGUACUGAAAGAUUGAGAAUUACUCCUACUCCUGGUCAUAGCAACGAGCUAUCUGACGUUCUAUUGGAUGCGUUAGAUGAUGUAUGGAAUACGCUACAACUUCCAAGGAUUAGAGACUGGGAAGCUUAUGGGGGUUUACUUGGUGUCGGAGAACCUGGCUAUGUUCCAGAACCAAAUUUGUGGACAGAGCAACAGUUAUCUUUCACUAAUGCAGAUUUAAAUCCAAACGUGAUCGACCCUGUUUUUGAACAGUUAGCGGUUUCUUCCGGGAUUAAAGUCUGA